AUGUCAAAUAUCAUUCCAAAAGAUACUAGCACUAUAAAAGAGGGUAUUGGUAUAAAUGGCAGUAUAGAUAGUAAUAGCAACAAUAACAAUAAUAUUAAUAAUAGUAAUGAUGGCAAUAAACUGACAACAACCAAUACAACCACUACAAAUUCUUUAACUUCUUUAAAUAAUAAUAGUAAUAAUAACAAUAAUAGUAACAAUAAUAAUAUUGAAUUUGUUGAUUUAUUAUCAAACAAAUUAGAUUGGUUAUUUAUUGGAGACCCAUUAGUUGAAAGUUUAAAAAAGAAAAAAGAAGAUAAAUACCAUGACCUAUUGUUAGUGGAGUCAAGUUUAAUCCAAGUAGAGGAGGAAUUGAAAGCCUAUCAAGAAAGAAGAGAUCUAAUAGCAGCCAGUUUAGAGGUACUGAAGCAAGAGAAUGAUAAAAUUAGUAAAGAAAUUAUUCAGUGUAAAAACUCAGUUUACUCGAAAUGGAAAUCAAUUUCAGAUAGAUAUAAUUUUAGUUCAAAACACACCUCACAGCCAGGAUCUUUAUUAUCAACUUUUAAAAAUAUACCGAACAAUUUAAAUAAUGGCGGCAUAAAUAAUAAUAUUGAUAAUAUAUAUAAUAGUUUAGAUAAUUUAAGCAAUAUAAACUUAUUCGAUAAUAAUAGUACUAUGAAUUAUAAUACUAUGUUAAAGAAUAAUAAUAUUAAUAAUAAUAAUAAUAAUAAUAAUAAUUUUAAAAAUAAUACUGUAAAAAAUAAUUGUUGUAAUAGUAGUGAUAUAGAUUUAGAUUUGGAUAUGGAUAAUAGUUCAAAUAAUAGUGAUGGUUACCACCAUGGUUUAAAAAAUAGUUUUACUUGUUGUCAUUUAGCGAAUUUUUCAACAGAAAUUACUCUUGUCCAAAAUGCAAUUUUGCCAAGUAAUAUUAAUAAUACAACUACAGCAAAAAUUAUAGCAAAUAUGGAACCAUUCUCAUUAUUUCAACUAUUACCAUUGGAGGUUAUGGUAACAAUUUUCGAAAACCUACCAUUUCACGAUAUCCAUUAUAGUGUUUCAAGAGUUUGCAAACAAUGGCAUAAUUACACCUUUUCAGAUUCAAUUUGGAAAAAUUUAUUCUAUAGAAAAUGGAACACAUUAGACCACGAACCAAAAGUUGCAAUACCACCAACCUAUUGGAAAAACUCAAUAAUUCAACCAGACUCUUUAGUUUCACCAAUGAUACUACCAACUUCAUAUGAUAUAAAUAAUAGCAAUAACAGUUAUAAUGAUAGCAAUAACAAUAAUAAUAAUAAUUUGGAAUUUGAAGAUAGCAAUAAAAUUUUAAAAAAGAAUUUAUUAUCACCAAACAAUAAUCAAUUAACAAAUAGUGAUGAUUAUGAAGACUAUGAAGAUUUUGAUAGUAACGAUGUAAAUAAUAAUAACAGCAAAAAGAAUAAAAGAUUAAGAAUUGACUGGAGAAGUUUAUAUAUCAAAAGACAGAGAGUUGAAAACAAUUGGUUAAAAGGAAUCCAAAAGGAAAUUAGAUUACCUGGUCACUCUGAUUGGAUCACAUGUAUGGAGUUCGACGGGGAUCAUUUGGUUACUGGUUCUUGGGACUCAUCAUUAAAAAUAUGGAAUAUUGAAACAGGUGAAUGUAAAGAAAUUUCAACACGUGAAAAUGGUGGCCAUGUCGCUGGUAUAACCUGCGUCGUUUCUAAAGGUAAUCGUUUAAUUAGUGGAAGUUCAGAUUCAACUCUUAGGGUUUGGGAUAUAGUUACUGGAAAAUGUUUACAUGUAUUGGAGGGACAUAGCGAUGGUGUCAGCUGCAUUUGUAUCAUUGAUGACUCAACAAUAGCUUCUGGUUCAUUAGAUCAUACCAUCAACCUUUGGUCCAUUGAUUCCGGUAAACUACUUCAUACAUUCUCUCACAACACAUCAGGUAUCUCAUGUUUAUUCUACAAGAACAAUCUUUUAAUCAACGGCACUAUGAGUGGUAUUUUAAAUGUAGUCGACAUUCCAACAAGAAUUCAUUUAACCAAAUUCAAUGGUCAUAGCGACAGGGUAACCUCAAUUCAAUGGUGGGAUAGUCCAGAUGGUCCACGUAUUAUCAGCUCCUCCUGGGAUUAUAGUUUAAGAGUUUGGAACUUACAUACUGGCAACACUAUUCACUUACUAACUGGUCAUACAUUUAGAGUUAGAUGUACACAAGUCCAUGGUAAUGUUUUGGUAUCAGGCUCUUGGGAUACAACCUUAAAGGUAUGGGAUUUGAUAACUGGUAAAUGUUUACACACUCUAUUUGGUCACAGUUUCAACGUAUGGAGUAUCCAAUGUGAAGGUAAUCGUUUAGUUUCAGCUGGUUGGGAUAAAAAGGUCAAGGUUUGGGAUAUCGAAACUGGUAAAAAUCUAUAUACAUUAGAAGGUCACACCGAAUCUAUUAUUUGCAUUCAAUUUAAAGGAAGCAAAUUGGUAACUGCUGCAAAAGAAAUCAUUGUUUAUGAUUUUGAUUCUUAA